AUGAUCUCCGGCUCCUGCUGCGCCAUCGUCGCGCUCGUCGCGCUCCUCUGCCUCAGCCAGCUUCGCAUCUUCGCGCAGCGGCGGGAGCUCGCCGCCGCGCGAGAGCUUGCCAGCCUUGCUUCCGCCCGCGACCAUCGGAUCAAGGCUCGCCUCAAGCGCAUGCACCGGCUGCUGAGGGCGGCCGAGGUGCGGGAAAACGUGUCCGUCUGCCCACCGCCUUCGCCUGUUGCCACGAAACCCGCCAGUGGAGACAGCGCAACCGGCACCGGCACCGGCUCUGGGACAGCAGAGGAUGGCCUGCCAGCGUCUCUGCUUCUCAAGGCGCAGCGUUCCUGGGACUGGCGCGCGAUCGCGUCGGAGGCGCUGCGUCCGUGGGGCUCCAUCCGGAAGGAGCAGCUCGACACCGCCGUCGCCGCGUGCAACGACAACGGGACGAUGUACUGUCAGCGUCUGCAGGCCACUGCCUAG